AUGAAGGCCCUGGAUGAGCCCCCCUACUUGACCGUGGGCACAGACGUCAGCACGAAGUACCGAGGAGCUUUCUGCGAGGCCAAGAUCAAGACCGCCAAGAGACUGGUCAAAGUCAAGGUAACGUUUCGGCACGACUCUUCGACAGCGGAAGUACAGGAUGACCACAUCAAGGGCCCUUUAAAGGUGGGCACUGCUGUGGAAGUGAAGAACGCAGAUGGAGCAUAUCAGGAAGCUGUCAUCAAUAAACUGACGGACGCAAGUUGGUAUACCGUAGUUUUCGAUGACGGCGACGAGAAAACACUCAGACGCUCUUCCCUGUGCCUGAAAGGGGAAAGACAUUUUGCUGAAAGCGAGACACUAGACCAGCUCCCUCUCACCAACCCCGAACAUUUUGGCACGCCAGUCAUAGGGAAGAAAACAAACCGGGGACGGCGGUCUAACCAUAUCCCAGAAGAAGAAUCCUCGUCAUCUUCCAGCGACGAAGAUGAAGACGACCGGAAACAAAUCGAUGAACUACUCGGAAAAGUGGUCUGCGUGGACUACAUUAGCCUGGAUAAAAAGAAAGUUCCAGGAUUUCCAGCGCUGGUGGUCUGCCCGGAUUGCAGCGACGAGAUUGCGGUGAAAAAGGACAACAUCCUGGUCCGUUCCUUCAAGGAUGGCAAAUUCACCUCUGUCCCCUGGAAAGACGUCCAGGAAAUUAGUAGCGACGCCGCGCCGAAGCCUGAUGCCGUGUUAAAACUAGCCCUUUCCACUGAGCCUCCCGAGAGAGCAGGGAGCCAGGUCCAGGUCCAGAUAGAGCGGGGUGGGGGCGGUCCAGAGAGAGCGGUUGGGGCGGGGGUGUCAGAUCAAGAGAGAUAG